GGGAACCAUUUUGUCUCCAAUUGUUUACAGCAAUACUAUUCUGUGUGAUAUUCAAUAGUAUGCGUGCUCAAUCACUCGGCCUUGCUACUGUGCUGCUCGCCCUGGCCGGGCUUGCCAGUGCACAUGGCUCCCAUUCGAACGAGAGCCCGUCUUCAGACUGGGCGACUCGUCAUAUGCAGGAGGAGCAUCACAUUGAUUCCUUCGAUGCCGGUUCCUUCUUCACCCUCCACGACUACGAUUCCUCUGGGAUGUGGACAGCCGACGAAGUGCGCAAAACAUACGGUCUCGACGAUCAAUCAAAUGCUGGCGUGACCGAGGAACAAAAGCAACAAGCCGUUAGGGAGGUGUUCUCUCUCUUCGAUCCUGGGAGGACAGGUAUAAUCACUCGUGAUGACUGGAUGCGUCUUAUCUCGUCGGGAGUGCGGUUACCGGAUCUCGGAUAUGGACCUGGGCACCAUGGGGAUAUCGAAUACGAAUAUGAGAUUCAUCACUUUGAGCAGUUCCACGGGGAUGAUGCGACGGAGGAAGAACUCACGCAUCCGGAGGAUAUUGAACACUUCCGGCAACAUGAUCAGCUGGAGGAUGCUGCUGACCGGUUGGAGCAGCUUGAGAGGAUGCCAAUUGUGCAGGCGAACAUACCGCAGAAGUUCCUUAGACAGUAGUAGUCUUAGGAUGCAUGGCUUGCUUUUGUCCUCGUUGAUGUAGAUAUGUACCCAUAUGUACCGGAUUUUGUAGACAGCUUGAAGGCAUUCUCUUUCCGGUUUGGUGCUCACCCCUCGCCGCUUUUUGCUCACUGUGAGCACGCUCUGAGUGCCCUAAGUUGAUCACUGAACUGAUCACUGAGCAGGGGCUGAGCAGAGGGGUGAGUGGCCUGAAUAAGGGAACCUCAAUAAAACGCACCACGCUGUCCAAUUUCUCUUCUAGUGCUUUUCGUCAUUGCCCUUUACCCUCUCAACUAGGAGAUGGCAUCAUCAAUGCGACGGGGACCUUUUCCACAAUGCCUAUAUUCACC